AUGGGUUGCAUCAAUCGUGCCAUAGCUUACGCGAUCGUGCGUGAGCCUCCGGAGACAAUGGACGAGAUUUCUCUUUAUUUGUACUCGGCACAGACAACCUAUGAUGAAAUCACUCAGAGGCCUGCCCCAAAGAGUAGAUGGAGAGAAAACAUUGCCGCAAAAGUAGCCGCAAGGAAAGCCGAGCUGGAAGCGCUGACUGGGCACAUUUUGAAUGUGAGCAAUGGGGUCAAGGGCAAGACUCCCCCCUUGGUGCGUACUUUACUUCGUCGGGAACGAGCUGCCAAAUGGGACCUCAACGAGUUGAGGCGUGUCCGGGCAGAGAGGGAGGAGCUGAUUCUCGUUUAUCAGAAGAAGCUCUCAACUCAUGAGUCUCGGUGUCAGCGCAGGCGGGAGAACAACCUGUUUGAAUUUAAUCGCAGGUCGUUCUAUCGUCGGUUGCACGGAGAGACGAAGGAGGGUACCCAGCAAAAGGCCGAAAUGCUUGACACAUGGGGGAGUAUGUGGAAAGCACGUCCUCGCAAGGGUGUGUCGUUUCCGUUUUGUGGACCCGAUGCUCCCUUGAUGACCGAGUCUUGUGGUGUCUCUGACAUCCGCAAGAAGUUCGAUGAAGCAGUAACCCGUCUCUCUGACUGGAAGACACCUGGGGUCGAUAAAGUGUAUAAUUUCUUUAUUAAAAAUUGCAAACCUAUCCAUGAUUGCAUGUGUCGAGCAAUCGAACAGUUUACACUAGACCCUGGCUCGAUUCCAGAGUGGUUAUGUACUGGGGUCACUUAUUUGAUCCCUAAAGUAGAUAACCCUUCCGCUCCGACAGAUUAUCGUCCGAUAACCUGUAUGCCCAACCUGUACAAGUUGAUGACUAAGGUGGUGGCUACUGAGGUCAGAAAUUUCGUGGAGGUGAAUGGGAUUCUGUCCGAGAACCAGUUAGGUACUCGGCGGGAUUGCCAGGGAGCUAAGGAGCAGGCACUGAUCAACAAAUGCCUCGCGAGAGCCCACGGAAACUCACUAGUGUCAAUGUGGGUGGAUGUGAAGAAGGCAUAUGACUCGGUUGAUCAUGCCUACCUCGUUGAGUGUCUGCGAAGGCUUAAGUUGCCAAUGUGGUUUAUCAAAUUUGUUGCAACUGUGAUGGACAGGUGGAACGUCCAUCUAAAUUACAACAAAUGCGAUAUAGGCGAGGUGAAACUAGAGAGGGGCAUAUUACAGGGCGACAGCAUGUCUCCGCUGCUGUUCGUCCUCUGCCUAGAACCGCUGAGUAGAGUCCUCACUGCCCAAUUCGAACAAAUGUCGAUCGAACAUGAAGGAGGGUGUUUUAGCACCAACCAUCUCAUGUUCAUAGACGACAUUAAGCUGUUCGCUCGGUCUUCAGAGAUCCUUCACUCAAUGGGUAAAGUCCUGAAAGGUUUCAUGAAGGCCGUGGGGUUGGAGCUCAACUACAACAAGUCGGCGACUAACACCCCUGUGUGUGGUGACCUAGUCAAAGUCUUGGAGGAACACCAAGGAUAUAAGUAUCUUGGUGUGGUUGAGAGUCCAGCCUCAUUAAUCACACCCGAAACGAGAAAGUGUGUAGUGGAGGGUGUGCGUAGUAGGGCGGCAAUGUUAUGUAAGACUCGGCUUAAUGCACGGAACUUAUUUCAUGCCUUGAACGAGUAUGCCAUCUCAUUGCUAAACUACUACGUUGGCCUGAUCGAAUUCGAGCCGAGUGAGUACGAUGAAAUGGACCUUAUUGUCCGAAGAGUACUCCGAGAGAAUCAUGUCCACGUGUUGGCAAGCAAUAAGGAGAGAUUGUACUUGUCUCGCGGGCAGCUAGGACGUGGACUGAGUAACAUCGUACACUUAAGUGAGCGAAUUCUUACUAAGAUGCACGACACCUUGUGGAGUGGGUCGAGUGUAUCCCAAAGGAAGGCUGCCAUCCUUGCUGCUGAAAAAGCGCGUGGUACACACCUAGGGACCAUAAAAGGCUAUGUGUCGGCUAAGUAUGGUCUAGGUGCUACCCAAGUUAAUGUGAAGGAGUUGAUCAAACUUCAAAAGGAGUCUUUAAUUAAAAAGAUCAACUUAAAAGUCCUUCACAAGACUCUCUUUAGCAGCCUGGACAACCCGCACAUUGACGUAUCGUCGUCAUCUACGUGGCUGAAAUAUGGGAAUAACUCUCCCCGAUCAGAAGGGUUGUUCUCAUAUUUGCAGGAUAGAAACUUUUUUAAUGGUCAACGGAAACAGUGUAACCACUGUAAGAGUAAGGCAAUGACCGUUGACCAUUUAGCCACGAAGUGCGGGAGUAUGCUUUACCAUGAUUACACAUGGAGGCAUAACGAGGUGGUGAGGUCCCUCCAUCUUUUGCUCUGCAAUAAGUACGGCUUGAGGCGGUCCAGAAAGUUGCGAACCCAUCGAGUUCAAUCGGUGUGUGAGAACUCGCGGGUGUGCAUUAAGGUGGAUACCCCCAUACGCACCUCGAUUGUUGUCCAGCACAACAGACCCGACAUUGUGGUCCACGAUAAGGUCACCGGGGAGAUUGUUAUCGUGGAGGUGGGCAUCACGUGCCUAGACCGUUUGCAGAUAGUGGAAGUGGAGAAAAGGAGGAACCCGAGUUGUCGGAAUAUGCGGCAGGUGUCGUCAACAUGUGGAUUUCUCGUGGGCUUAAAAUCCCGGACGUCCCCUCAGUUCAAAAGAACUUGGAUGAGAUACAUUGUUCGCAUACACUCGAAGAUAUCCGCCUACGUGCUGACCAGUUUCAGUUGGCAAGCAUUAAUUGUGCCUGUCAACCCCACUCGGUCGAUUGGAUUGACGCUUUGCCGAUUUCCUCUGCUGGAAUGUUCCUGGACAACGAAUCCGUAUCAAGACAUAACCGGAUUUUCUCUGGUUGGAAAAGGUUUUUUGAUUAAAACCGCACCGAUGGCUUUAAAUUAUGGAGAGUCGGGUACAGAAGGUGGAAGAGUAACUCUCGAAGAAUGGAGAGUAGCACUAAUGAAAGUGUUAGCGCCUGUAAGAUUUGCUCACGCAGCAGAGCGAAAUCCUGAUGCUGUCGACCCACUAAUGGACAGAUUUCACACAGUAAUGCGGAACUUAGAUCCAACAUACCAGCCGGAACGUUCACUUGUAUUAAAAAUGUACCAAAAAUAUCUUCCAGACCGAGGUCUAGAUAAACUAUGCUGUUUACUAGACAAAAUGCUUUAUACAUGUCCUGAAGAUCCAAUGUCAGCAUUGAGAUUCUGCACUAUUCCUUUUUAUAAUGCUGGGAAUGCAGUAUUAUCUCGUGUGGUUUCCCUAUGCGCAGCAUUCCCUAAUGAACUAGAAAGAGCAGUGAUGGUAGAGUCGUUAUUCGCGUCAGCACACUUAUUUUCAAAAAUGAAACACAGGAAAAAUAAUCAUAGAACAAGAAUUGCGGAUAAUCAUCUUAAUGAUGUUUUAACUUUAUCGAAAACGACCUAUGCACCUAAUAUCGAUGAACUCUCGAACAAAAAACAACAGUAUAUGAAAAAUUAA